CAGCCCCAAUCCGCAGUCUACAGCAAGAUGUUCCUCCGAGCGAACGCAAUUCUGAUCGCCGUCGGCCUGUUCCUGUUCCUGGCCAGCCCUGGUCAGGCAGCACCCGAGUGUCUGCGUGGCCCGGAGCAUUGCCGCGAGCGCAGCAUGCAUCCCGAUCUACCAGAGCCGGUACGGGCCACGCGCAAGGUGGAAGGCGAGGAGACCACCGCCUUUUGGCGUGAGCAGGGCGUGGAGUUCAUCAAGAAGCAACUCGCCAGAGAGCCGAACAAGCGGCAGGCCAAGAACGUGAUUCUCUUCAUUGGCGAUGGCAUGGGCGUAACCACAACCUCUGCAGCCCGCAACCUCAUCGGUGGCGAGGAGAAGGCUCUGUCCUUUGAGAACUUCCCCUAUACGGGCCUCUCGAAGACCUACUCCGUGGACAAGAUUGUGCCCGACUCGGCGUGCACGGCCACCGCGUACUUGUGCGGCGUCAAGGGCCAGGAGGGCACCAUUGGCGUCAAUGGCGUGGUGACCCGCGCCAACUGCACGUCCAUGCUGGACGAGAACACGCACGUCGACUCGAUCGCCAAGUGGGCCAUGGAUGCGGGCAAGUGGGCGGGUCUGGUGACCACCACCCGUGUGACGCAUGCCUCUCCCUCCGGUGUCUACGCUCACAUUGCCGAGCGGGACUGGGAGAACGAUGCGGAGGUGUUCACCGACUGCGGCGCCAACUCGGGCAUCCAGGACAUUGCCUACCAGCUGGCACGCGGCGAGGUGGGCAGCAAGCUGAAGGUGAUCCUUGGCGGCGGACGCAAGCACUUUGUCGACUCUACGCUGUCGGAGGAAGGCAAACGCACCGAUGGCCUCGACCUGAUCGAGGAGUUCAAGGCGGCCAAUGCCCGGAAUGUCUUUGUGGACACCAAGGAAGAGCUGAUGGCCGUGAAUGUGGCGAGUACAGAGCGUCUGCUGGGACUCUUCAACUACGAUCACAUUCAGUACCGCAUGGAGACGGCGGAGGACAGCCCACAGCCCUCGCUGGAGCAGAUGACGCGCAAGGCCAUCGAGUACAUGAGCCAGAACGAGCAGGGCUACUUCCUGUUCAUCGAAGGAGGUCGCAUCGAUCAGGCACAUCACAAGAACCAGGCACGCAUGGCGCUCAACGAGACGAUUGAGUUCUCCAAAGCGAUUGCCGCUGCCCAGGAGCUGACCAACGAGGAGGACACACUGCUGGUGGUCACUGCCGAUCACUCGCAUGUGUUUAGCUAUGCAGGAUAUGCGAGCCGCGGCGAGGAUAUCUUUGGCAGGGCACCCGUAAACGGCAACGAUGGCCUACCCUAUAUGGUGCUGAGCUAUGCCAAUGGUCCCAGCUAUGAGAAAUUCUACGACACAGAGUCCAAGCAGCGCAAGGAUCCCACUGCUGUGAUAACCGGCGCCCCCACCGAUCAGUUCCCCUCGGGUGUGCCCAUUUUCGAUGAUUCGCACGGUGGCGAUGAUGUGGCCGUCUAUGCUCUGGGUCCCUGGUCGCAUCUGUUCACCGGCGUCUACGAGCAGAGCACCAUUCCCCACCUGAUGGCCUAUGCCUCCUGUUUGGGCGACGGGCACACCGUGUGCAGCACGUAGCAGGAUGCCAUGCCACCUGGCCAUAACAAUUAAGUUUCUGAAGCUCAUUAAAACCAGCGAGCGGCAUUUGCAUUCGCCUUGCACUCGACUUGAUUAUGCGAACAGCGCAGAUUGCAAAUUGAAUUAAAGCGAAAUGCCAAGCGAAGGAAA